AUCCUAGAACGGUCACAUUUGGGGGAAGACAGUUUGUUUUGGGGAAAAUAUUUGCAAAGUAAACAAUACAAGCUUAAAAAUUGGCUGAAGCUAACCAGCCAUGACAGAAACUAAUCCUCUUGAGGUGGGUUCGCCAAGUGAAGAGCCUCCUCCAGCGGAAGAAGAAUCCCUAGGUCAAUCUCCGCCAGAGGCAGUACUGAGCAAUAACUCCUCGAGUGCCGGCAAUCUUUUGGAGCAAGACGAUGAGAACGAUGUCAACUCCGUCGAUCGGGAUGACUCCGCCAGUUUGUUCAGCACGACUACAACCACCACCAGGAGCAAAUCGCCCAACACACGGAAAUUGAACCGCCUGUGCCGACGGGUCAAGGCUCCUAAAAUGGUCCAACCGCUGUACAAGUACAGCUCCCAUGUCCGCGAGGACCACAACCACCAGAUCUUUGGCGUCCAGUUCAAUCCGUUCCUGGACAGAGGUCAGCCCCAGGUUUUCGCCACCGUUGGCAAGGAUCGGGUUUCCAUAUACGAGUGCGAGAGGAGCAACGGCGACGAGUCCUGCGAAGGCAUCCGUCUGCUGCAGGUCUACGCAGAUCCUGAUACCGAUGAAAGUUUCUAUACAUGCGCUUGGUCCUACGACUCGGUGACCGGCGAUCCCGUCCUGGCCGCAGCUGGCUAUCGUGGCGUCAUUCGGAUAUUCAAUCCCGUGAAACAUCAGUGCAGCAAAAACUAUAUUGGUCAUGGGCAUGCCAUCAACGAGCUCAAGUUUCAUCCAGUUAGGCCGCAGUUGCUUCUGUCGGGCAGUAAAGAUCAUUCGCUGCGGCUGUGGAACAUCCAAUCGGACGUAUGUGUGGCUGUUUUUGGAGGGGUCGAAGGACACCGCGAUGAAGUUUUGUCCGUUGACUUCGAUUUGCGAGGUGAUCGCAUCAUGUCCAGUGGAAUGGAUCACUCACUGAAGCUGUGGCGCUUGGAUAAGCCUGAUAUAAAAGAAGCCAUCGAGCUGAGCUCUGGAUUUAGUCCCAACAAAAACACUGCUCCGUUCCCCACCAUCAAGGAACACUUUCCGGAUUUUUCUACGAGGGAUAUACACCGCAAUUAUGUGGAUUGCGUCCAAUGGUUUGGAGACUUUGUCUUCUCGAAAUCCUGCGAGAACUCCAUUGUUUGCUGGAAGCCGGGUAAACUUUCAGAACCUUGGCACGAGAUCAAGCCCCAGGAGUCGGCCACCACGGUACUUCAUCAUUUUGACUACAAGAUGUGUGAGAUUUGGUUUGUGCGCUUCGCCUUUAACGCCUGGCAAAAGAUUCUGGCCUUGGGCAACCAACAGGGCACCACCUUCGUCUGGGAACUGGACUGUAACGAUCCCAAUUUGACUAAGUGUAGCCAGCUAGUUCAUCCCAAGAGCAACUCCACAAUUCGGCAGACUUCUUUCUCCAAAGAUGGCUCCAUUUUGGUUUGUGUGUGCGAUGACAGCACAGUUUGGCGGUGGGAUCGCGUCAAUUAAAAGCCCAUAGAUUUAUUUUAAGCUAUCAAUGUUUUUCUUCUUAGAAAACACGACUUAAGAUCUUCAAAUAGGUUACAUAAUUUAUUGAAUGACAGCCGUCACUUAAAAGUAAU